GCGUCGAGCGACCAAGCUAAGCUUCUGGAACAUUCAUAUAUAUAUAUAAUAUAUAUAUAUAUAAGUAUAUACAUACUUAUAUACCCAUUCUGUCUUAUCUCAAAGAAAAAAGAGCAAAAAGUUGUCCAUUUAUCGACGUCUGAGCAAAGACGAGACGCGCGAUUUAUAUUCGCAAUCAAUUUAAACACACCAAAUAACAAAGAGGUAUAGAAUUAGCAAGGCGAGUAUAUAUAGAGGCAAGGAGAGUGUGAAUGUUCCCAAUGGAAAGCUCAGCAGAUAUGAGCGAGGACGACACACUCGGACUCAUCUGCGGCAAUCUACAGAGGAUUGACAAGGUCAAAAAAUCAUACCUGGCUGGAGGAGUAAUGGCAGGAUCGGUAGCAACGUUAGCAAUGUUAUGGGUGUUCCUGCAAGCAAUGGGUCCACAAACUUAUAUAGGUGCCUUCAGGUUGCCCUUCACCCUUGAGAACUACUAUUCUGGCAGUAAACACUUACCAUGGCAAACCGGUCAACCGUUAGUUAUCGACUCAGGCGCUUUCAUUGGAAAGACAUUACCUGCCAUCGAUGAAGGAAGUAUUAACGCUUCGAUUGCCUUCGCUAAUGAAAAUAUCAAUCGUAUGGAGAGAAUCGAAGCGAAUCUUGUCAACUCCGAAAUUACACCUGCAGAAGAUAGUCCAGCACAUAGUCAAUUUGUGUACUACUAUCCGAAUGACGCGGCUCUCGAGAAGGGUCUUGAUGCAAUGAUCGCUAUUGGCGCUUCCUUACAGCUUUCUCAGGCGCACUGUCUUAGAUACGGUUUGGAUGCUGUUGAAUGCGCCCGUUACAUUUCGACGGUCAAACUUCAGGGCACAUCAUUGGGAGCAUCGUGUGCCUCUGAUCAGAAUAUCGACUGUGAUAUUGGGUCAAAAUACCGCACCCUUGACGGUAGUUGCAACAACCCACAAAAUCCCAAGUGGGGCAGUGCAUUCACCGCGUAUGGCAGGCUUCUCUUUCCCAAUUAUGCUGACGGCAUCCACAUGCCAAAGAAGGAACGAGGCGUGCAUGGACUGCCAAAUCCACGAGCUGUUAGCGUCGCCUUAGCCAGUCAAAGUGAUAGAACCGAAGUAUCCAAGACGCUUGCCGUGAUGGAGUGGUCGCAAUUUGCCUCGCACGAUAUAUCUUAUACUCCAGUUCGGAAAAUGAUAUGGACAGGAAAACCAAUAUCGUGCUGUGGGGAUGACGGUCAAUGGCCCUUGCCGCGCCACGUUCAUCCAAACUGCGCUGCGAUUCCAGUCGCCGAAAAUGAUCCAGACUAUGGUGAACAUCGCGUUCGCUGCCUUAAUUAUGUCAGAUCCAUGCCAGUACUUAAGUCUGAUUGCUCGUUCGGCCCAGCUGAACAAAUGAAUCAAGUAAGCCACUUUUUAGAUGGCUCGACUAUUUACGGCUCAGUCUUAACAAAAUCCAGUGAGAUACGUGCUUACGAAGGUGGUUUAUUGCGAGUAAAUACUAGAAAUAACCAGAGUUUUAUGCCGGUCGCACACGUAGCACCGGCAUCGUUGUGCAAUUCGAAAAACUGUUACUUAUCUGGUGAUGAUCGUUCCAAUGCCGAACCGCAAACGGCUGUGAUGCAUACCCUUUGGGUUCGCGAACACAAUCGUAUAGCUCAUAAACUUGCGGUAAUCAAUCCCGAAUGGUCAGACGAGACUUUGUAUCAAGAAGCACGGCGAAUCGUUAUCGCCGAAAUCCAACACAUUACUUACAGCGAGUGGCUACCUCUUGUCAUUGGCAAACGUUUCGCACGUUCAGUCGGUCUCACUGUACCAACCAACUACAGCAACAUUCCAUACAGUCCAAACGACCCAUCUGUGAGCAAUGAUGUAGCCACAGCUGCUCUGCGUUUCCUUCAAUCCCUGAAGCAAGGGAAACUUAGUGUAACUGAUAAUGACAGGUUGAUCAACGAUAGUCUACGUCUUUCGGAUUACUUCUACAAGCCACGGACAAUCGAAAAGAGUGGCCUAUUCGAUGGCCUCAUACGAGGCCUUGCUACUCAGACUGCUCAAAAAAUGGAUAUACACUUGGUCUCCGAUAUAACGCACCAGCUUUAUAAGACCAAAGGCGAGGUGGGCUUAGAUCAAAUUAGCCUCGACAUUCAACGAGGACGCGAUCAUGGUCUUCCGGGAUACAAUGAGUACCGAAAACUUUGUGGUCUACGUGCUGCCAAAUCAUUUGAUGACUUUUUGGAUUAUAUUCCUGUCGAGAUGGUGAAAAAUUUGCGAGUUUUAUACAAGCGUUCGGAUGAUGUGGAUCUUGUGAUUGGAGGUAUGGCUGAGAGACCGAUUGAAGACGCCAUUUUAGGACCAACUUUCCGCUGUCUCAUUUCUAUGCAAUUCCUUAAAAGCCGUCGUACAGAUAGAUAUUUUUAUGACGCCGCUGAUCAACCAAAGCCAUUCACGAUCGAUCAAUUAAAUACUUUGAAAAAAGUAUCCCUUGCUCGAAUUUUCUGUGAUAACGGUGAUAGCAUCAUGAAGAUGCAGCCUAAUGUUCUUCUUAAGCCUCAGGCUGGAAAUGAAUUGACACACUGUAAAAAUUUCGAAAAGAUACCGAGUUUAGAUUUAUUUGCCUGGGCAGAAAAGGCUAAAGCUUAUCGUUGAAUAUUAACAUGAUUGACUGGUCACUCUUCGCAUCGAAUAUCUCGGUGAACGUAUGACACGGACCGAGAUCAACGUGAUGGAAGAUAGUGUAUUUUUUGGCCAUUGAUUGAAUCACUUGUUGAUUCUAGGAGCCAAAACAGGAACUGGAGAAAUGAAUACCAACACGUAAUGCGAAGUUUUCUGUUAACUGAAUGGAUAAUCGAUAUGAUUACAACACGUUUAAAAACUUAUUUUUAUUUGCUUUUUACUUCGAUGGAAAACGGAAUGAAAAACUUGACAAUGACAACCAGAAUUAUUGAUUGAAAAAGCUUUCGAAUAUCUAUGAAUUUAUGGUUUCUUUAAUUUCUGAAAUUUAUUUCACUCAUUAAUAAAUUAACUUACCUUUUUAAUAUACUUUUCUACUUCUGCCACUUGUCAAUUCUGAAAUUCGAUUGUAUUAUUCACUGUCUAUUAGGCACUGCCAAAAUACAUAGUUAAAUUUUCUGAUUGCAAUAAUGUCAAUCAAAUUUGUAUUAACUGUCUGCCAAAAACAAAUGAAACAAUAAUUUGACUAAGCAAUCAACAUAAACGCAUUCCAAAUAAGCAAAUACAAAAAGAAAAUAAACUAUAUAUGUAUAUAUAACUAUAUAUACAUGUAAAACAUACGAAUGGUGAACGAAUUCAGAUUCGCUCGAAAGUGACUUGUCAAUCCUAUAGUUUGUAGUUCCAAUGUAGUUAUUGGAAAAAAAGUAAGAACUCAAAUGCGUGUCGAAUGUAGUUGAUGUAUGACUGUAUUUAUUUAUAUAUAAAAAUUAACAUCUACGUUUAAAUCUGCUAAAUUAGAUUUGAUGACUUUAUUUUUUAGGUACUGCUUUGCUCAGUACAUGAAGUGCGACUGACUAAUUUUAAGAAAUGUAGAUCUGUAGAUUCUUUCUUUGUUUUAUUAAUGAAAAGCAACAGGCAACUUUGUUGUUUUCGGCGCUGAUCAAAAGUAAAAAUAAAUUAUGUAAAACUUAACUAAUCAAUAAUGUUAUU